GAGUAUUACGGCUGCUGGGGUAGUAAACAGAAAAUGAAACAUUUCAGUUGCGAUGCCAUCAAGAGGUGGUUUGACUUUUUUCCAAUAUUGUCCGAAGAGGAGCAUCGUUUCCCAUUGGCCUACUCAAUGCUUGUGCAUAAGGAUGUUACACAGGUAAUGAUGUUACUCUCGGCUAUCUACCAACCACAGAAUCAGUUCUGUGUCGCAGUCGAUGGAAAUGCAGAUGAGACAUUUUGGCAGGUUUUGAAGGCCGUUUCUCACUGCUAUCCGAAUAUUCGUGUUCUGGUAGCAAAACGGAUCGAGUGGUGUUCUUAUGAAAUAAUUGAAGCAAUUUUUGGUUGUGUGAUGCGACUUGCUAAGUCAACUGCCGAUUGGAAGUAUAUGCAGAUUCUUUCUGGAGUCGACGCUCCUUUGAAAACAAAUCUCGAGAUGGUUCGUAUCCUAACGGCUUUGAAUGGUUCGUUCAAUACCGAAAUAGCACCGUUCGAAUGGUAUCGGCUUAAUCGGAAGCGGAUGAAAGACUCUCCGCUUCCAAUUAUCAAGAGCUCUCUUGCUGCUACAUUUUCCAGAGAAGCUGCUAAAUUCAUGGCUGAAAAUAAAAUGGUACAGGAGCAAUUCCGUUUUCUUAAAGGAACCUCUUGCGCUGAUGAAUCGUUGUGGGGCACAAUUGCGGGAAACCCUGGGCUGCUUCCCAUGCCUGGUGGCUUUGACGGCAGAGAUUUCCUGUGGCGAAAAUAUGGGUGCAUAAACAAAAGUCGUCACUGUCUAAAAGUAACUUUUCGCGUUAUAGGUCGGUAUUAUCGCCUAUCGUGUAUAUACGGAGUUGACGAUCUUCCAGUACUGGUUAGACGCUCUGAAUUGAUGGCGCACAAGUUGUAUUUAGACUUCCAACCGGCUGCCUUUUUUUGUUUGAUAAAGUUUGAACAAUUGCGCAACAUAAAAUUUAUGAGUCUGCACUCCAUAUCCUUAUGUGUUGAAUGUAGGUGUCUUGAAAGGGUCAUAAACCCUUUAUGGAGCUUAAAUGAGCCAUGA